AUGACUUCCAGGUGGAUUCGCAAUGAAUCAGAUCCAGUUGAGCGUUUCUUGAACCUGGACAAGAGCACGACUUGUCAUGCUGUCUCAGACCCCGGCUUGUCUGGCUUCUCUUCAGGAAGAAAGCGACGACGCAUUGGCACCGAGGGACACACUCUCUCGUACACCAAAUCGCCGUAUCCCAACACGCUAUAUCCACAAGGCAAAGAGACUGCCACCACGGGCGAACUUCCACGACCGCGUUCUCAACAGUCGGCUUCAAUAAUUGACCCACCGUCGUCGACCAAUUGGUCAGGUCCAGCUCUCCGUGUCGGCAGUGCCCAAGAUCCCAGUCCCAACAACGAGACGUACAUUGGCAGGGCGCACUAUCUGGACCAUGAUACACCAUUUGAUGAGACACAGGCUCGCGAUGCCACCGAGUCCGCACGGCGGCAGCCCUCCGAGUCAGAAAAUGCUGUACUACAGCUCUUCAGUGCUUUCGAGUUGCCACCACGAGCAAUCUUCCGCAGUCUGCUCGAUAGUUUUCUAACCUACUGUCAACCUUGGACACCUGUCCUCACGCGUGGCGAACUGGAUCACAGCGACCAGCAAGCUCCGUCAUAUAUCAUCUGUCAAUCGAUGUUUCUGGCUGCGAGCCGGGUCUCGACUGCUUCAAGUAUACAUUCAUUUGCUACACCAGAUCAGUUCUAUCAGCGAGCCAAGGCUCUUUUCUUUAUGAACCACGAGCUUGAUGCGUUGGCGAUAAUAAAAGCGACUAUCAUGUUGCAGUGGUAUACGCCCGUGGGGCCAGAGCAAGUCUCUUACGAUGCUGGCGAGUUCUGGCUCAGAGUAGGAGUGGCCAUAGCUGUUCAGAUUGGUCUCCACCGCGAGGCGCCGCCCGGACCUACCACUGCUGCGCGGAGAAGAAUCUGGUGGACUCUAAGGACGCGGGACGCACUGAUGACAGUAGCCCAUGGUCGGCCCCGGGCGAUCAGCCGACACGACACCAAUGUGGCCCCUAUACGACCAGACGAACUUGCAGACGCCGCUGGUGAAGGCGAUGGACAAUUAUUUGUCGCCUACACGAAUAUUUGCUGUAUCCUGGGUGAUAUCUCCGAAAUAUGUUCAAGAAACACCAUGACGCUGGCAAAGCAUCAAAACUUCGAGAACCUUCUGCAUGAAUGGCCUUCCCAGGUUCCCAACCACCUUCGUUUCCCCAAUUUUGGCGUGAGCACAGAGACAUACAUGUCAUUGCAGUCUCAGCUCAAUCUUCGCCAACUUCACCUUCCAUACCUGCUCAGCCUCGCCAUCAUCGGUCGUUCACUUAAAAAUGAAACAAUCUCGGCUCAACCUGUCAUCGCGGCAUCUUUCGUUGCAGGCAUCUUCCGGGACUUUCUUGCGCGGGAUGAAAUCAAACAUCUCGCACCAAUCUUCUCACGAUACUGCAUCGCUUCUGGAUUUUUCCUGGCUUUGUUGCAACCUCUCUCAGAACUUUGGACCGCUUGUCAACCCGACAUGGAUGUUUUCCGCAAAUCUCUCCAAGAACUGGGUCAAAGAUGGAAGUCGGCCAAAUCAGGGCUGAGAGCUCUGGAACACUUUAUUUCCCUACGUGAGAAACAACCACGGCGAGCCGUACAGGUCGUGUGGCUUACCGACCACCAAAGAAGAUUCUUCGACUGCUUCCCGCGUGACUAUUGCCUCAGUUGGGUCAGCCUCUACGAACACUGUAGACUCAAUCCUAGAGCUCCGGACCCUUUGGACGGGAAUGCGACAACGGACACGAAUAUCCCCUCGGUUGCCACAUCGGUCAUUGACAAUGUAGCCGAAGAUCAUUGGGCAUUCAAUGACGCGGAUUUCGAACAAUUCAUGUGGACCAAUACUGAAGACUGGUUUUCCAAUCUCUAA